CUUUCAUUUGGCGAUGGCUUCUUGCGCUUGUAGUGUCUGCACGCUUUGACAAAACAUGGGAUUCUGCAUAUUCCUGCGUAAAACCGACGAAUGUCUUCCUUUUAAAACCCGUCAUAUUAGUCGAGGUAGACACAGCGUGACAAAGAAAAGAAAAGAGAGGAGGAGGCGCAAUGUUUCUGUUUCAUUUACCCGAGGAUGUCCUCUUCCACGUCCUGUCGUAUUUGGAUCAAAGAUCGCUCUGUCGUCUCUCUCAAGCAUGCAGGAGAAGUUACCAGUUCAUCUCCAGAGACGCUGUUUGGAGGAGAAUAGCGAAAGAUAUUAUUAAUACUGGCCUGACACGACAGGGAAUAGACGUGUGUCCUUCGAUCUCUCUGAAGGAAAGAGUGCGGGUGUCGCAAAACUGGAGCCGUGGAUUUUGUCGGAAAGAAAUUCUUUUAAAAUGGAAGAUAAACUUGUUGCCAUGGAUACAGCUGGACUGUGAUGUGCUGUAUCUGUCUCAGGCAGCAAACAUCAGUGCGUAUCAUCUGAGACCCGAGGGAGGAAAGUUGCAGAAUAAUCGAGUGGCCUUUUUUUCAGGACACCAAGAAGAUGUGUGCAGAUUUAUUCUAACAGACACACAUCUUAUCAGUGCAGGAGGUGAUGGUAAAAUAAUCGUUCAUGACAGAGGAUGUGAAUACUCUGUUGCGUAUUGUGGUCACAAACAGGAGGUGAACUGCGUUGAUUGUAAAGGGGGUGUGAUAGUGAGUGGCUCAAGGGACAGGACUGCAAAGAUUUGGACACUGACUUCAGAUCGACUUGGAGAGUGUUUACACACAAUUCCCAUGUAUGACAGAGUGUGGUCUGUGGCCAUUAGCCCAUCUCUAUGCACCUUUGUGACCGGAACAGCCUGCUGUGAGAAUUUUGCUCCUCUUCGAAUCUGGGACACAGAAAGGUGUCACCUGGUGUCUUGUCUCGGUACGGAGUUUCGCCGCGGUGCAGGUGUGUUGGAUAUUGUCUACGAGUCUCCCUUCCAACUCUUGACCUGCGGAUACGACACCUUCAUCCGCUACUGGGAUUUGCGCGUCUGCACCAGGAAGUGUGUGAUGGAGUGGGAGGAGCCUCAUGACAGCACCCUUUACUGUAUAAAGACCGACAAGAAUCACAUGAUUGCCAGUGGCUCGUCAUAUUAUGGAGUAGUGCGCCUUUGGGACAAAAGGCAAACCCGCUGUCUACAGAUGUUUCAACUGGCACCCACAACGAGCAGCCCAGUGUACAGUCUGUGCUUCAGUACUACACACCUGUAUGCAGCUUUAGCCUCCGUCCUCUACUCGCUUGACUUCAGAACUGUAGGCUCCCAGUCCUGGAAAUUACCAUACAUUUAAAUGCACAGUAACUUUUUAACAAUUUCGUAGUGUCUCCUACAAGCCAAUGGUCAUCUUGGCUUUUGAAUGAUCACUUCACCCAAUGAUACACAUAUAGACUGGUGGAUAUUUCCUCCUGGUUUGCUCUGUCGCAGGCUCCUGCGAGCGAGCAGGGUUCACGACCUUCUGUGGCCCGAGUCUUAACGGACUUAACACAUUGCCAGCGACCUCUGGGAUGUCUAAAACAAACACUGCUCAGAUCUGCCAGCGCCCACUAAGGGGAUUUAUGUUAAACCACAGGUCAUAUGAUAAUAGAUAUAUUGUAACUGAAAGUAUAUUUUUCCAACAGUGAGCCAAAUAAAUGUAUUGUUGUCUUUG